AUGUGCCGAUUCUUGAUGCAAUAUCGUAUUGCUUGUCCAUUGUGUGCAAAGGCCUUUUUUAGAAUCAAGAGCAACGGGCAGCGCACAACAAAGCUCCUUGCUGUUGCUAAGGACAUGUCAGCACCUGUUACUGAGAAUGAAUUCAAGCUGUUCCAGCGUGCUAUGAGCGAGCAAGGUCUGUCCAAGUCGACCACUGCUGAUGUAAUCGCCAGUGCUUCCAAGACCGGCGGAAAGUUGGAUGCAUGGGGAGCUUCGGGUGGAAUGCCUCUAGUGGGUGGCAGGAAGUGA